AUGUCGACCCAGACAUCGUCGGCGCCCGCCUUUCCUCAAGGAUGUAUUUCUGCCCGGGACAUACUCGACGGAAAACCUAGGCCAGGCGAUUUGGUAAACAUUGUUGCGAUGGUCAAGGAUUGUCUUCUGCCAAUCCCUACAAACGGACAGGACUUCAAGUCUACCUUGAGACUUUUUGACCUUUCUACCCAAGAUGGAUACGACGACCUGUCACUGGUGAUUUUCCGUCCUGAACAUCUCAUGCCGCGUGUCGGCGCUGGGGAUGUCAUCAUCAUGCAAAGUGCCAAGCUUCAGCGAUACAAGGGCGAUUUGUCACUCGUCACUCAUCAUCGGACUUGUCUUCAUGUUUAUCAAGCUUCUCUCAUUCCUCAGUAUCCUCAGUCGGCCAAUUUGGCGCUGAAGCCUGACCCCAGAAACCCUACAUCCAAGCCGCUUCUGCACGCUGAGGCUUUCGUUUCAUGGUUGUACCACUCCAUCAACAAAAGCAGCGUGCCGAGUGAGGCACAGUUUCGCGAGAAAGCCGAACAAUCGCUUAACCUGAAAGACAAAUUUAGUCGUCUGGAGAAUAUUCGGGAAGGGAGGUUCUAUGAUCUAGUCGUCCAGGUUGUGAGGGAACCAUAUGAUCUCGUGGAUAAAGCCACCGUCUGGAUCACGGACUACACCGAGAACGAGAUGUUUUUCCCCAUAAAUUCAGGCUGCGAAGAAAGCGAUCCAUACAACUACACACCAGCAAAGACGACUACUGCGAGCCAAUCCUCUACCUCGGCUUUUCAGGGCCCCUACGGCAAGCGGUGUAUGCAGUUGACAUGUUUCGAAACGCAUGCCGCUUUUGUCAAACUUUGGGUCCGUCAAGGCGCCUACGUGCGACUCAAGAAUAUCCAGAUCAAGUACGGACACAACGGCCAACACCUCGAAGGCUUCCUUCGCCAAGACCGGGAGGCUUCCCUAUUCAAGGUUCAGAUCGAGAUUCUCGAGACCACCGACGCGGAAAACACGGACUUACACCUCAAGGAACUUAUUCGACGGAAGCGGGAUUACUUCAAGGGGAGGAGGAAGGACAUCAAACUCGCCAGCGCAGGGACGACCGGGAGCCAAAAGCGGUCUGUUGUCGAGGAGUCCGGGGGUCAGAAAAUGAAUGCAAGAAAGAGAAGAGCUCUUCAGCGAGCCGCAAUAUCGAGUAACGUGUCGCCAGACGGUGACAGUGCGCAAGGAACAGUGGUUGAUUUGAACGGAUAUGGUGAGCUGGUGUUCUUAUGGCUCCGUGCUCUUAUAAAGCUGACACGAGCAAUGACAGUAAAAUGUGCGAACGAGGACCAACCCGCAAGCACCAUCAAGAGUCUGAUCAAGAGGGUAAAUUAUUCCACGACAAGCCACGGUACCGCAAUGGACAUCCAGCUACCCUUUACAUGUCUGAAGUAUCGCAUCAAUGCCCGUGUGAUCGACUUUCAUCCACCGAGGCUUCUUGAUUUCGCCUGUUCGCGCAAACGAUCAGAGACAGACAUUUUGUCUGACUGUAGCAGCUCCUCGUCAGACAUGGAUGAGGAGGACAACGGGGUUUUGAACAGUUCGGAGCUGGUUUGGGAGUGGCGCUUCGCGCUCUCGCUCCAAGAAGCUUCUGCGCUUGGGCAGCAUAAAGAUGGCACACCCGAGACUGUCUGGGUCUUUGUAGACAACGGGGAAGCAGAGCACCUCAUGGGCCUGACGGCCUGCGAUCUCCGCAAACAUCCUGAUAGCCUCAGUCAACUUCGCGAGAGGCUGUUCACUCUCUGGGGCAAUCUGGAAGAGUUGAAAUCCAAGCAGACAGCCAAGCCCAAGGCCAAAAAGCCGCCCCCCAAGCCGAACAACGGACCACCACCAGACAGUUCGGAUGAAGAGGCCGUCAAAACACGACGAGAAGAAGACACCACAACGGGCGAUGCCCACGGCUCUCCCAAUCCGGGCCUGGCCGCGCAAAAUCGGCCUUUCAGCUGCUGCGUACGACAAUACGGCGUGAGGGUUCCGGAGGAGGACCCUCAAAAAGCGAAUGCUGGAGAGGGCAAGCGUUGGGAGCGGGCCUACGGGCUUUUUGGCACCAAAGUGCCCUAUACAUAG